AUGGGAGGUAUGAAGGCCACGACCGCUGCCACGACCUAUACAAUCCGCAUAGACAUAUUUCGUGUGUUCCCAGCUCUUCGGAAACCCGUCCGCACAGCCACAAGGGCCAUUGAGGAGGACCAGAAGCAAAACUACCCCAAAGCCUUGCGCCUCUACAAGCAAGCCAUCAAAGACUUCCAUCGUGCCAUGGAGCGCGAAGCACUGUCUGAUCUGCCGAAGGAGGUGAUCCUACACAAGUGCGCCACGUAUUCGGACAGGAUCGCAUGGAUCAAAGAGUAUCUGGACGGAAACAGUGACAAGGAAGGACUCAUCGACAGCGAUGAUGAGCGCCCGAAAAGGAGGUUCUGGUUUUGCUGUUGCUAA